AUGGUGAACGAGACCAAGGCGUCCAUCAAGUUCCAGCUGAAGAAGGUGCUGUGCAUGGGUGUGGCCGUGGCCAACGUGAGCAUGGAGGAGUCGCAGAUCCGCACCAACAUCAUGUACAGCGUCAACUUCCUGGUGUCGCUGCUCAAGAAGCAGUGGCAGAACGUGCGCUGCCUCUACAUCAAGACCACCAUGGGCAAGCCCGUCCGCAUCUACUAA